AUGGCUCCGUGGUCCGGCCGGUACCGAAGCGCCUCUCGAGUCUCAGAAAUCGAUGUCUGGGACACCAUGCAAAACCAUCAGCUCCAGGGCGACUCUAGCUCGUCUGACGAAGGGCUCCACCCCCGAAGCCGCCAGACAUCGUCUAAGACUAGAGGACGGUCCGGACAUAGUCGUUCGCAGAGCCAUCCGUUCCCGUCACUUUUUUCGGGAAGAAAGAAGAAGACGGGCCCGGGUAGCAGUCCCAAUCCCAUGGCCGAUCUCGACGAUUCCUCCGAGUCGGGUUCUGCUAUGGAGGGCGGAAUCGCCGGGGCAGCUGGAGCUGGGGCGAGUAAGGGCAGCGGACCUGCACCAGCAUCGCGCGGCCAUCGGAACGGGUCGUCGGCGGGGAGCAGGGAUUUCGCUACGGGCCGGUGUAUGACGUGUGCGUCGUUGGUGCGAUGGCCGAGAGAGUUGCAGAUGUUUCGGUGCACGAUUUGUCUAACCGUCAACGACUUGCAGCCUCGAAGUCGAGAGGCGGGCCCGGGGGAGAGCCCCGGCGCGCAGGAGGUUGGGGAGGUCAUAGAGGAGCAGGCAAGUUCAAAAGAUACAGACAAGGCUAUAUCGCUCAGUUACACCAAGAGCUUGAUCGAGCAAUGUUUGCGUUCAUUUCUCACCUCGGCUCUCAAGAAUCCAGAGGGUGUAACCACUCCUUUGAAUGAGUCCCCACCCAAAUCCUCGUUCCUCUCGCCAGACCACAUCACAAUCAGGGUUCCAACACCACCAGCUCCAGGUGGUACAACAACACUGCGGCCCAAAGCCUCCCUUAACUUCGAACCACGACUGAGCCCCGGUCCUCCGCGCCAUCUGGGUGCGCAUCGUCGCGCUCCUAGCUGGGCCGGUACUCCAUCGUCCAAAGCAUAUUCAACCUCUUCAGAGAAGCGUUCCCCCCUCCAUCAGGACUUAUCGCCUCAUGGAGCUGGUGGACAGAAUCGUCCCCCGUCAGCACCUUGUCCGAAUAAUGGAGCCAAAAGGAUAUUCAGGCCGUUGGAAGACUACAUUAUUCGGUGCUUUACCUCGUUUGAGUGUCUAAACUCGUCGUUCCUGACCCCCAGGAGCCAACCGCCGGCCCACAACAGCAGCCCUGUUCCCAAACCGCGCCGCCCUUCUGAACAUGCCCUCGCGCGCAGGGAAACCCGGAGCACAAAUCAUCCCGUCCCGGAGCUGGAUCCAAAACUGCUACUUCUAGGCGAUUUUGCUGAGAACGGCCUUUGGUGGACUGGCCAUGACAAGGGUCGGUCGAUAGUGAGCUUGCGGAGCCCGCACAUCGACUGGUCGGGGGUGGAGGACUGGUAUAAGGCAGUUGUUGACGCGGCACGGUCGUGGCCCGAUGUGUAUGAAAAGUUGGUGGCUGAAGACGCAAGCCUUGCUGCGUCGCCUGCAACUUUUCAACGUCUCGAGGCCCAAAUCCAUAUUGGCCAGGAGCAUGCACAAAAAGCGCUGCUCAAAGCGUCGGAGACGAUUCUCAAACGUCCAGGGCGCCGGUUGACGGACCCUCAGGAACUCCGGUUUCUUCUCAUCGUUGCAGAAAACCCCUUGCUCCACGCCUCCUACCGACCCUACGGCGAUAAAUACACACCCGUGGCAACAAUGACGGCCCCGCCGCGGGGAACCGGGCCUGUCUCGGGACGGCACUCUGUCAUCAUAAAGCGCAUCGUCGGCCUCCUCUCCAACACCCCUGCGGAGUGCCACCACCACCUCGUUGUUUGGUUUGCGCGGUACUCGAAGGACGCCUUCGUGCAAAUCAAGGACCUCGUUUCUGGCUUUCUCGCCUACCGGUUGAUUCGCCAGAGUGAAAAGAAGCAGGAGACCCAGAUCGACUACAUGGGCGGUCUCAUACCCAAUCUAGGUCCCAGCCACUCACCGGCUGCUCUCCACGCUGCACUAGGUCCAUCCUCAUCAUCGUCAAACCCCUCGCAACGUGCCAAGAAACAGCAGGAGAAGAAAAAGAAGGUGGUCUAUCAAGAGGACUGGCAGAUCAAAGCCGCCGCGCAGGUACUGGCCUUUUUGUUUGCCGCGAACAAUGCCAGCCACGUGCGCCGUGGCGGCACAAUGACGGAUCAUCAUCAUGGGGAUGGGCCUAAUAACACAAUCAACAAUAGUAACAACCAAGACCGGGAGCUAGUCCAAGCCCCGGGCCAGAUCCUGCCGACCAGUGACUUUUACAUGACACUCCUAGACGACUCCGACCUGUUGGGUGAUUUUGAAGCGUCAGAGCGCAGACAAGGCCGCUUCUCAUUUUGUCAACACCCCUUUCUGCUCAGCAUUGGGGCCAAGAUCCAAAUCCUGGAGCACGAUGCCCGUCGGCAAAUGGAGAACAAGGCGCGCGAUGCUUUUUUCGACAGUAUCAUGACCAACCGGGUGGUGCAGCAGUUUCUGGUGCUGAAUAUCCGCCGGGAGUGUUUAGUGGAGGAUAGUCUCAAGGCGGUUAGCGAGGUGAUCGGGGGUGGUGGUGAGGAGAUCAAGAAAGGAUUGAGGAUUAUUUUCAAGGGAGAGGAAGGGGUGGAUGCGGGUGGGUUGAGGAAGGAGUGGUUUUUGUUGUUGGUGAGGGAGGUGUUUAAUCCCGAUCAUGGCAUGUUCCUCUACGACGAAGACUCCAACUACUGCUACUUCAACCCUAACUCGCUCGAACCAUCCGAGCAGUUCUUCCUCGUUGGCGUCGUCCUUGGCUUGGCUAUCUACAACUCCACCAUCCUCGACGUUGCCCUCCCCCCAUUUGCCUUCCGCAAACUCCUUGCCGCUGCUCCGCUCUCCUCGGCCACCCACUCCCACUCUCCUUCGUCCUUCUCCCCUCCUUCACUCACCACCCCGAAUGGAACCAUUACCGCCACCCCUGGCUCGUACACUCCCAACUCCUACUUCCCCACCACCGCCAUUACCACCAACAACACCACGGCGGCUAUCUCCCCGGCCACAGCCACGCCCCCCGUGUUCUCCCAGCCCCGUCAACCAAUGGCCUACACCCUCGAUGACCUUGCCGAGUACCGCCCCCGUCUAGCCCGUGGUUUGCGCCAGCUCCUCGAGUACGAAGGGGACGACGUCGAAGCGGUGUUUGGGCUGGACUUCGCGGUGGAUACUGUGCGCUAUGGGGCCCCCGUCGAGAGGGUGCCGCUGUGCCCUGGCGGGGAACGGAGGGCGGUCACGAAUGCGAACCGGAAAGAGUAUGUCGAUGCGUAUGUGAGGUAUAUGCUGGAUACGUCUGUUACAAGGCAGUUUGAGCCGUUUAAGAGGGGGUUUUAUACUGUUUGUGGGAGUGGAAGUAGCAUUAAUGGUGCUGGGGGGGUUGCGGGGGGCAGCGGGAGUGGUGCGAGUACCGUACCUUUCGCGGUCGGUAACGGUGGCGGUAGUAGUGGCAGUGCCAGUUCUGGGAGCAACCAUUCCACCUCGGCCCUGUCUCUAUUCCGCCCCGAGGAAAUCGAGAUCCUCGUCCGCGGUUCAGCCGGCUCAGACCAGCGACCCCUCGACAUCGACGCCCUCCGCGCCGCGGCCCACUACGAAGGCUGGUCAACCUCAUCCUCCCACCAAUCCCAAAAUCAGAAACCCAAAACAAAAACAAACGAACAACAAGAACAAGAAGAACCAACCCUCCAAUUCUUCUGGUCCGCCUUCGCCUCCGCACCACCAGCCCGGCAACGGCGCUUACUCGCGUUCAUCACGGGCAGCGACCGCGUGCCGGCGCUGGGCGCGGCUUCCCUGGCGAUUCGCGUGAGUUGUUUGGGAGAGGAGUGUGGGCGGUUUCCGACGGCGAGGACGUGUUUUAAUUCGGUGGGGUUGUGGCGGGUGAGGGUGAACACUGGAAUAUCAGGACUAGGUUUGGAUGGGGUUGGGGAGGGAGAGGGUGAAACGGAGAUGGAGAGGGAGAAGGAGAGGUUUACGGAUGUGUUGUGGAGGGCGGUGGAGGAGAGUGAAGGGUUUGGAUUGAAGUAG